CUGCCACCCUAUCUUCAGAGGCUUAAGCCCAUUGUGGCUGAGUUAUGGAACCCCCGCUACAGGCACCAGGUUCUCGACCACUACCUCUGAUCGUAGCUCUCCGACGUAAACCUUCAUCUGUCCCCAGGUCAAGCUACCUGGCAGUUUUCACAGCCCAGAGCUCAGCGUAUACCUCGACAGCAGCCGUAGAGGGUUCCUCCACUCCAGGUCAUCCGAUCCCACACGUCCAUGGCGACUGCAGAACAAAUGGCCGAGGAACAGCAGCAAGAGAAGGGGUCUCCAGCUCCGAAUAGCGUCGAUGACACUCGCUCACCGCUGUCCCGCGCCUUGGUCCUUGACAAUGGGUCUCAAGCCAUCAAAUUUGGCUACGGCGGAGACUCAACGCCGACUUCUGAGCUACUCUCGGUUGCGGGGAGAACAAGAUACCCCUCCGGGUGUUGUUCCUUUGCACGCUCGCCCAGAGAAACGUUUACCGGGGCAGAGGCACUGCGAUAUCAAACACUCCUCCGUAUUACGUGGCCGAUAGAGGGACCCCGAGUCGCGGACUGGGACGACGUCGAACUGCUAUGGCACCAUGUCUUUUACAACGAACUCAAGGUUGAGCCGGAGGAGCAUCCGCUGCUUAUGACGGCACCUUUCAGUCUAACGCCAAAGGACCGCGAGCGGAUGGCCAUUCUGGUCUUUGAGCAGUUCAUGUGCCCGGCAUUCUUCGCAUCCGACAGUGCGCCGCUGUCGUUAUACUCGACCGGCCGGACAACCGGCCUCGUUGUCGACUCGGGCCACCGCAGGACCGCCGCAGUUCCCGUCUACGAGGGAUUCCCGCUGGCCAACGCCGCGCAGACCUUUGACAUUGCCGGCCGGGACAUUACCAAGUAUCUCCGUUCGUUGCUGUCCGAGAGUCACUCGGCCAUUACGGACAGGACAGACGAGCUUACUGCCCGGGACAUCAAGGAGUAUUGUUGCUACAUUGCCGACGACCCCUACCCUGUCAUCGUCAACAAGACGUGGGAGGAGCAGGCGUAUACCCUCCCGGACGGCAAGACAAUCCACAUUGGCACGGAGCGGUUCCGGGCGCCGGAGCCAAUGUUCACGCCCAUGAUCGGAUUGCCGGCCACCAUCCUCCGAGCCACGACGAAAUCAGAUGUCACGCUCAGGGAAGAGCUGUGGAGAGACAUUCUGUUGGUCGGGGGCAAUACAUUGUUUCCCGGGUUCAGGGACCGGCUCCAGCAAGGCCUCAACGCUAUUAUUCCGUAUGGCAUGAAGCCGCCCAACCUUGUGACUCCUCCGGAUCCGAAGCUCUCGGCCUGGCUGGGCGGGUCGAUGUUGACCGGCCUGAGUACGUUUCACGAUAUGUGCAUCCAAUACAAGGAGUACGACGAGUAUGGCCCCGUCCUGAUGCGAAGGAAGUGUUCCGGUCUGGGGGUGUAAGAUGACAUGCGCCAUGUGAACUCGCGCGCAUUUCAACAGCAUAUGGGGACCAACCAGAGAGACUCCGACUCCGAGUAUUGAUAGUUUGGCUCUUGGUGCAGCUGAGAUGUCUUCAGACUGCUUGUUCAUGGUGGCACAACCGUCUGCUCUUGGAUAACGCAUCAACAAGAAGUAAGACGGUGUAACGCUUGGAGUGGUAGAACUGAGUAGGUACGGCGUCCGUCUCCAUGUGGUGACGAAUGAAAGCAGUGCCGAAAGCCCAGCGUCCUGG